AUGCCAGCCCCCGAUAAUAUCUACGAGAACGAUGUGGACUUCACAACUCUGGCACUGCAAUAUCCCGACUUUGCAAAAAGACUGAAACCCAACCGACAACUCGACUUCUCCGACCCAGAGAGCGUCAGACAAUUAACCAAAUGCCUCCUCCAUCGAGACUUCGAUCUCAAUAUCGACUUGCCCGAAGACAGGUUGUGCCCGCCUGUCCCGAACCGAUUCAAUUAUAUUCUCUUCAUCCAGCGUCUGCUGGACAGCACCUCUCCCUCUUUCCAUCAAGGUUUCGAUCCCGACAGGCAGGUGAUUGGACUCGACAUCGGCACGGGGGCAUCUGCAAUCUACCCACUCCUCGCUUGUCGGCAACGCCAGCAAUGGCGCUUCCUGGCAACUGAGAUCGAUGAGAAGAACCGCGAGUACGCGCAGAGAAAUAUCCUCGCCAAUAAGCUGCAGGCACGCAUUAGAUUGAUCGAUACGGACGACAAGGGAGACCGGUUGAUCCCUACGGGCCAGCUUCAGAGGUUUGAUCGGAUCGACAUCCUCCUCACCAACCCGCCGUUCUACCCUUCGACGCAAUCGCUCCUGGACUCAGCUCAUCAAAAGUCCCGUCCCCCAAAUUCAAGCUGCACCGGCUCAACGGUGGAAAUGAUCACCCCCGGCGGCGAAAUCGGCUUCGUGUCGAAAAUCAUAGCCGAAUCGCUCCUCCCCGCGAACAAGAGGAAGAUCCAGUGGUUCAGCGCCAUGCUGGGCAAGUUGUCGAGUGUGGGCGCCGUCGUAGAGCAUCUUCGCGAGAGCGGGAGUGGGAACUACACCGUGGCCGAGUUCGUCCAGGGACAGAGGACGAGGAGGUGGUGUGUCGCGUGGAGCUGGAUGGGCUACAGACCCGCCAACAACGUGGCGAGGUCAGUGGGCAGCGGGAGCGGCGUCGAGAGGAAGCUCUUACCCGCCAUCACGGAGAUGGAGUUUGAGCUGCCUGCUGGCGGCAGCGGAGGUGGUGAUGGUCUAGGCAGCGUGCUAGACAAGGUCUGCUCCCAGAUCCAGAGCCUGGACGGCGAAGGCGUGCGCUGGAAGGUCGAUCGCGCCAGGGGGUUCGGUAUAUUCAUGUCCAGACACGGAGACGUAUGGAGUCGCAAGGCGAGAAGGCGGAAAAGAGCCGAAUCCGAACGUGAAUCGGGACACGAACACGACACCGACUCGUCCGAGGAAGAACCCGAGCCCGAACCCGCUCUCGUCGUGAGAAUCUCCAUCACUCCUUCCCCUGGAUCUGCUGCUGGUGGUCCUGCCCCUCUAUCUCGCCCUUCUCAACGCCCUCAUCCCCUUUCCACCAGCGGCGUCAGACCAAGCAGCACGCGCCCCAGCACCGCAUCCAAGACCCGAGCCAGCACUGGACCCAGUCCCGGAACAACUGAUCCCGACGUGGACAUGGACAUGGACAUUCACGAGCACGCCCACGCGCGCGUUUAUAUCCACAUGCGCCACCUCCAAGGCCAAAACCUGGUCCUCUUCGAGAGUUUCUGCGGCUGGCUCAAGCGGAGAGUCGCGUCGCCAGCCCCGGUCCCGGUCUCGGCCCGGCGGUAG